UCCUCCGACACCUGCGUCGCCGGAGCGGAAGUACGGCCGGAAGCCGGCCAUCGAGUUCAGUGGCCAGAGCGGCCCUGCAGGGAGGUGGCAGGAAAGGCUUGGAACAGCUGCCGGAGGUGACGGAACGACGGCCCCGCCCGGUGCGCUGGAAGACGAAGCUUCCAGCUCCAGACAUCCUGAGCCCAGGUUCCCCAGCUCAGUACAGCCAUGAGUGCGGAGGUGAAGGUGACAGGGCAGAACCAGGAGCAGUUUUUGCUGCUGGCCAAGUCGGCUAAGGGGGCAGCGCUGGCCACACUCAUCCACCAGGUGUUGGAGGCCCCUGGUGUCUACGUAUUUGGGGAACUGCUGGAUAUGCCUAAUGUUAGAGAGCUCGCCGAAAGUGACUUUGCUUCCACGUUCCGGCUGCUCACCGUGUUUGCUUAUGGGACAUACGCUGACUACUUAGCUGAAGCCCGGAACCUGCCCCCACUCACAGAGGCUCAGAAGAAUAAGCUUCGACACCUCUCCGUGGUCACGCUGGCUGCUAAAGUCAAGUGCAUCCCAUACGCAGUGUUGCUGGAGGCGCUGGCCCUGCGGAACGUGCGGCAGCUGGAGGACCUGGUGAUCGAGGCCGUGUACGCGGAUGUGCUCCGCGGCUCCCUGGACCAGCGCAAUCAGCGGCUGGAGGUGGACUACAGCAUCGGGCGAGACAUCCAGCGCCAGGACCUCAGCGCCAUCGCCCGAACCCUGCAGGAGUGGUGUGUGGGCUGUGAGGUUGUGCUGUCAGGCAUUGAGGAGCAAGUGAGCCGGGCCAACCAGCACAAGGAGCAGCAGCUGGGCCUGAAGCAGCAGAUUGAGAGUGAGGUUGCCAACCUUAAGAAAACCAUUAAAGUUACCACUGCGGCAGCGGCUGCAGCCACAUCUCAGGACCCUGAGCAACACCUGACUGAGCUGAGAGAACCUGCCGCAGGCACCAACCAGCGCCAGCCCAGCAAGAAGGCCUCAAAGGGCAAAGGGCUCCGAGGGAGUGCCAAGAUUUGGUCCAAGUCGAACUGAAGGGACUGUCAUUUCUUCCUUGGGACUGUGGGUCCCAGCUGCCUGCCUGCCCUUAGGAGUUCUCAGAGAGCUUUCCUGUGCCCCUGGCCAGCUGAUAAUCCUCAGUUCAUGACCUUUCACCCCCACCCCCCACCCCCAAGCAUAGAUCACACCUUCUCUGGGGAGGAGGCAAGUACAGGUCACAUUUUUAUUGGUACUUUUGUUUUAUGUGACUUUCUAAUGUGUUGCAUUGCCCCCUUCCCCAUCGUGCUCUGUUUCUUUAAGAGCUCGACAUCUAUCCUGUUCCUUACAUCUGUCGCCAGGUAAGGGGCUAGCUCUGACGGGGCUUGCUCUGUCUCCAGCAUAACCCACAGGUGUUCCUUCUCCUGCCAUGUUGCUGCAUGCCUGUCCCCCCCAUCACUCCCUACCCCCACCUAUGGGUGGCAUCUCAAGGGCCAUGGGCCCUUACCUUUAUGCCCACCCUGAGAGUUUGGGAGCCGGCUUACCAUUCUGAAUGACUGGACACUUUCAUCCUAGAAUUCUCUCACACUACGGUUGUCUCCUCUCCUCCUUCUUCCCCUUGGAUCCUGGGAGUGCUGCAGCUUCAGUAACCCCAGAGCCCAAGGAGGGCAGCUGUUAUUAGGAUGCUGAGAGAUGGUUCUGUGGGCCCUGACCAUCUUGGGAAGCCUGGUGGCAGUCUUGCAAGGCUUUAUGUCCCCUGUUGUGACUUUGGUGGGGAAGGGAGGGCAUAUAGAUUGUAUUUAAAAAGGUGUAUAUGCAUAUAUCUAUAUAUAACAUGACACAGAAAUAAAUCUAUGAGAAGUCUAUCUACA